AUGGCCACCUCCUUGGAGCCCAUUGCAGUCAGCGAGCAGAGCAGUGGGGAGAGGUCCUCUUCUUCUGAGUCCAAGGACCUGGUCACAAGCAGAACUGAGAGCACUCUCUACAGCAGCUCCAGAAGCGAGUCCCUUUGGACCACGGCCCACAGGAGCGCCUGGGACACCUAUCAGAAGCCAGUGGUCAUCAUGUCUAUUGGAGGGUCAGUGUUCCUCCUGGGUAUUGUACUGACCACCAUGUAUUUUAUGAGUGCCAGUGCGCCCAUAUCUAAAAACCUUGGACCCGUCGCCUUCUCCAUUGGACUCAUGGUUCUGAUCGUCGGAUUGGUUUGGGUCCCGAUCAUCAAGAAAAAACAAAAACAAAGGUCUCACUCCAGGAUCUUUAACCAUCAAAGGGGGCUUUUCUUCCAUUUUUGA